AUGGACAAGAUGAAAAUGGAGUUGGAUGCGAUCAAGAGUGAAUUAUCCCAAAUUCAUACGCAACAGUCAGCUCCCCCAAGACCGUCUAACCCUGACGUAUUUGUUGCACGUGUUAGCACGAAAGAGAGUUGUGCUGAAGCUGCUAAUAAUGUUGUUGGUAACGAGCGGUCUACAUUUGAUACAUGUAGUAUGGGCUUCUACAUUGUUUGUGGUGACAGUACACAGCUGGUGGCAGGGGGAAAGGUCUUUGGAGUAGGUGGCAUGAUACACACUGUUGCUUAUGGAGAUGAUGUAGUAAGGGUGUGUGUUGACACUGUAUACGAUGGUGAAGCCAUUGUCCCGUUACCCACUUCAGAGAUUCAGUAUGUCAGGGACGUCGUGAACUCAUUCAUUGGAUGGCCCAGACAUCUAGUGAAACCUUUAUCUUAUGAUUCUGACCUUAAUGUGCGGAAGCCAGUUGAACAUAGUAGUGAUGCAAAGCUUGCAGGUGAAUCCGAUCCAUUGGGAGAGUUGAUGAAGAUAUUGUUUUAUGUGUACCAGAAUCCAGUGGAAGUGCCGUGGGAGGCGAACCAAUUUGGACUUCCUGAGAUUGGGGCAAAAUUUUACAUCACACAUGCAGAUCUAGCGGAAAUAAUAUCAGGUGACAAGUGUUUAAACAUAGCGAUACUACAAUUAUGGACCAUAUUUAUGAAUGAGUGCGGUAGAAGCAAAGCUGAUCAGUCACUAUAUGGUUUGUUGGAGCCUCAAUCUAUACAAAAUGCUAAGGAAAGACGACAACAAUGCCAACAAUACAUUGAAACAUGGGUCAAGGAAUCACAAAGGCAGUUGUAUUUAGGAGCUUACUUGAAUCAGUAA